AUGACUAUCCCAGGCCAAGAUUAUGAGGCAGUAACCGUUGAAAAGGCUGCAAAGCUAGAAUUGGAGAAGUGGUUGAUAGUUAAGGAGAGUGUAUUGAAACAAAAGUCAAGACUUCAGUGGCUUAAACUUGGGGAUUCUAAUACAGCAUAUUUCCGUGCUUACAUGAAAAAUAGGCAAGCAAGGAAUAAUAUUGGCAGAAUAACCAAUAGCACUGGGCAAAUCCUACAAAGUUCAACUGAAGUGGAGGAAGAAAUACUAAGCUUCUACAGGGGACUGCUUUGUACUACUGCAACUCAAUUGCCAGUAGUCAACCCAGAGAUGAUGCAGAAUGGAAAUACUUUAAAUAGGAGACAACAACUACAACAUAUAAAAUCAGUUACCAAAGAGGAAGUGAGGCAAUAUAUAAUGGACAUUGAUGACAACAAAGUAAUAGGGUGUGAUGGCUAUAACUUAUUCUUCUUUAAAAAGACAUGGCACACCUUGGGUGAGGAAGUUACUACAACAGUUAUAGAAUUCUUCGAAAAUGCUGAUAUGUGUAGACUGAUUACAAACAAUAUCAUCAUGAGCCAUGAGCUAGUUAAAGGCUAUGGGAGGAAAAACAUCUUCCCCAGAUGUAUGCUCAAAAUAGAUAUGCAGAAGGCCUACUUUGUGAAAUGGGUGUAUAUUGAACAAGUGAUGAAGCUAUUGGGCUUCCUUGAAGUGUUUGUGAAAUGGAUAAUGGCCUGUAUUAGAAUUGGGUCAUACUCUGUGCUAAUCAAUGGGACGGUAUUCACGAGGCUAGUGGAGCCAGCUUAUACAGCAGUGAGGAACGAGUUUAGGAGGAGAAUGGCAAGGAAAAAGGCAGUGACAAGCCUUGGCGGAUUCGACACUUGCUACACAGUCCCCAUUACAAUUCCAACAAUAACGCUGAUGUUUGCGGGCAUGGAAAUAUGCUGCCGCAAAGACAACUUCUUGAUCCGUAGUAGUUCAAGCAGUACCACUUGCCUCGCUAUGGCUGCUUCCCCUGCUAACCCGGUCAAUUCCGUCCUCAACGUCAUAACAUAA